GGGUUUUAUAGCGUCUUAGCUACCGAGCGAUUUAUAGAGGGCGAACUCGCUGAAGAGCAGCCCGGGCUCGGCCGGGGGAAGUUGCGGUUGCCCCGAGGUGGGGGGGGGGAAGCGGGGGGCGAGGGAGGAUUUGGGCAACGCCGGCAGAAAGCGGCUUCUCCGCAUCUUGGGGGCCGGGGGGGUGGAGGGAGGGCUCUGCCCCCCGGGGGAAGAGGGGCCGGCUCAGCGGCGGGGCCGGGGCAAGGCUUAAAAGAGCCAUCCAGGAACCGGCGUGUUUGCGCUUAUAACCAAUUUAUUGCCGCCGAGCAUAUGGCCGGUGCUUCGCCUGGCGUCACCCGCCGGGGAGGAAAGCAAACAGACCGGGCGGUGUAAAGCCUGAGGAAGGAAGGAGCGGCCGCCCUGCGCUCGGCGGAGACAAUGCGAGAGGCGCGGAGGAGCCGCCGCCGCCGCCGCUCCCACCCUUCGCCCGUUUAGGGCCCCCCCCCCCAGCCCAGGUUCAUGUGUGGGGACCAGCCUUGUACGGACUGUUCGCUCCAGCAAUGGCUCGGGUUUUCCAAGAGGCAGGCGCGGGCUCGGGGUGUUUAAGCAACAGCCAGAAGUGAUUUUUUUUUCUUCCAUUUUUUCUCUUUUCCUUUUUUUUUUUCUUUUUUUUUUUUUUUAAAUUUUUUUCCGCCCUCUUUUUUUUAUAUAUAUUUUUAAUUUUUGGCGUGUCGCUCCCCUUUUCCCCCUGGAGUUACAAACUAUUUCCGAAGCUGCUCCCGCUCUCUGAAUUUCCCCCGUGGCACAACAAGCCCGUCCGUGGAAACCACCACUGCAGAGAUCCACCGCGGCGGCUCCGCUUCUUCUUUUGCACCAACCCCUUCGGUUAUCUCCCUGUAAACCUGUAUUCCCGUUAUAUCUACCCCCCCUUCCACGCGUGCUCCCCCCCCCUCCCCGCUCCCCGCUGCCGUGCGCGGCGGGGCUGUCGCCGCUCCGCGUGUGCGUGGCUCCCGUGACACGGCGGGCCCGCGGAGCCGCUCCUCCAACUUUCCCUGCCUAAAUUUGGCCGGAACAUGUCUCUGACCAACACAAAGACGGGUUUUUCGGUGAAGGACAUUUUGGACCUCCCCGACACCAACGAUGAGGACGGCUCCGCUGCGGAGGGGGGUGAGGAGGAGAGCGAAGCGCCGGAGCCCCCCAGGAAAGCGGGGGUGCUGGGGCAGACCCCCUUGGACGCUGUGCAGACGCUGCCUUUGAAGAACCCCUUCUACGAUAGCAGCGAUAAUCCCUACACGCGAUGGCUGGCUAGCGCCGAGGGCAUCCAAUACUCCCUGCACGGGCUGGCGGCAGGCGGCGGCGGCCAGGACCCAUCCGCCAAGUCACCGGAGCCGUCGGCCGACGAGUCGCCCGACAACGAGAAGGAAGCGGCGGGCGGCGGGGACGCGGGGAAGAAGAGGAAGAGGAGGGUGCUCUUCUCCAAGGCGCAGACCUACGAGCUGGAGCGGCGGUUCCGGCAGCAGCGGUACCUGUCGGCGCCGGAGCGGGAGCACUUGGCCAGCCUGAUCCGCCUCACCCCGACCCAGGUGAAGAUCUGGUUCCAGAACCAUCGCUACAAGAUGAAGAGGGCCCGGGCCGAGAAAGGUAUGGAAGUGACUCCUCUGCCCUCCCCGCGGCGGGUGGCGGUGCCGGUCUUAGUCAGGGACGGCAAACCCUGUCACACGCUCAAAGCUCAGGACUUGGCAGCCGCGACCUUCCAGACGGGAAUCCCUUUCUCCGCCUAUAGCGCCCAGUCCCUACAGCAUAUGCAAUACAACGCCCAGUACAGCGCGGCCAGCAACCCCCAGUACCCCACAGCACACCACUUGGUACAAGCGCAGCAGUGGACUUGGUGAAGGCUGCAGGGGAGCGCGCACCCCCCGCACCCGCGUACCCCCCAUGCGCGAAAAGAGGAGGAAAACCCCGAAAUAAUAAAGCGA